AUGAAGGAAGAAACAGAACCCAGAGAUACCCCCGAAGGCUCGACUGCCGGUGACGAGUCGAAGGCCAGCGUUUACAUCCUCAUCAUUGGGUCGACACCUCGACCAAUUCCUUUUAAGAAGAAACCCGACGGAAUCCACGAUGUCGAAGAGAUCAGACGAAUUCGCAGUGGGAUCACCCGGCGCCAAGCCCGAACAUCCACAGGGAAGAACGAGGGGAGUCCUGAACGAAGCCAGAAAAAGGGUACAUCAGAGCCGUCUACGGCCGCUGAUUCGGGGUCGAAGUCGCGCGAGGCUCCGGUGCGCAUGAUGUUUAACACACCUACCUGGCACGCGACUGGAGUGAUCAAUGAUAUCCCCAACCCCAGUCGCGUCCCGGAUGGGCCUCGAAUUGCGCCAUCGCAGUCUCGGACAGGCUCAUUACAACUGCCGGACUAUGCCAGUAGAGGUGCUAGUUCCAGCAACCCAGACACAAUGCGGGCGCUAGAGCUAGCACUACGCGAGGUGCUUGAUAAUAUCAAAGCUGCGAGCUCUCGUAUCCGACCUCGGCUCUCUCCGUUCGACUUCGAGAUGCAAGCUCAGACUUUUCCCUCCAUGUGUCUACAGCUGCUCCCUCCUCCGCCAAGCCUGUUCGCGACACAUCCGUUUCCCUCCUCUACCUCGUUUCCCCUCCAGCCCCCCGGCGCCGAGCACCUCGAUAUAGUCCGCCAAGCCCUUCGCUCCAAGGUCGCGCAAUGGCAGACCGACCAACUCGCAGCAGAGUCUACUGGUGCGGCUCAUGCUAGACAUGGGAAUAGCGGGGUGGAUCCAAACAUGAUAUACCGAAGCGCACAACAACACGAAGAUAUCAGUUUUCGACACUUAGAAUUGGCCUUCAAUCAUUGGAACUCUCUGCCCCACGAGACCCGUCGCGACGCGUGGCAAUUGGAGAUUACACGCGCAUUUGCGCGGGAAGUAGGGAAGCGGAAGUCCUCGGACGAGCAACUCGCUCGAGUGCAACAGGAAGCAAACCAGUUGCGUGCACAGGUCGAGCGUCUCGGAUCAUGCCAGUGGCCUCGUGAGUUCGCAUUGUUUCCCCCGGACACGCUCCCCCUCCCACGAGAGGUCGCGCGCGAAUUAGACGCACAGGACAGCCACAUCAGCGCCGACUCAACGCGAUGGGACUACGACAGCGUGGUCGCCAAAUGGAGACGUGUUGUUAUGCAUGAUAAGGGCAUGGGUCGGAUUGGGGUUGGUUAUGGAAAUGCCAGUCAGUUGGGGGAUCCAGAACAAAGUCAGUCUCAGCAAAGCCCUGAUGUCAGGCCUCCACGCCCAGGCGAAGACACCACUUCUCACCCGAAUCGCUUGCGCCCCUUGCAAUCUGCUACGGCUUUGAGCCCAGACGCUGGAGCUGCCUCCACCCCUGCUUCAUCUACACACUACGCUUCACCCCACUCCUAUGCAGAUCCUCGCAGCCCGCCCAGCGGUUUACCCAGUGGUAUGGCCCAGGUGGGUGGGCUGCCUCCAGCUAAGCGACAGCGACUCAUGAAUGGCUCAGAAGACCCGUCUGGUGCUUCGUCCGAGUCUGGCCAUGCUCCGCCUUCUGCCGCUGGUAAACACUGGGGAUCUUCCACUCCCCAUUUAUCCAAUCUUGCUGCACCCUCCGGACAGACGCCUCCGUCGUCGUCUAGGAAUUGA